GAUGGGAGACGGCUAUAAGAUCGGCCGUCUUAUCAUUAGGGGUUAGUUCAGCAUCCGCCGACCGAACAGUCAACAUGAAAGUGAUCCUUUGCCUUGCUGCCGUUUUGGCUGUUAGCCAAUGUAAGCCACAACAAGGACAAGAACCAAUAGCCAUCGUUAAGUACGAAAACGAAGGAGUUAAUCCUGAUGGUUCCUAUCAGUGGAGUUACGAAACCGCCAAUGGCAUCAAAGCAGACGAACAAGGACAGCUGAAGAACGCCGGCUCGGAGAACGAGGCGCAGGAGGCGCAGGGCUCGUUCUCGUACACCGCCGACGACGGCACUCCCAUUGCCCUGCAGUACAUCGCCAACGAGGGCGGCUUCCAACCUCAAGGCGACCACUUGCCCACGCCGCCCCCAAUCCCACCGGCGAUCCAGAGGGCGCUCGAGUGGUUGGCUGCCCAUCCGGAGCCGGAGCAGAAGGGAGCCGCCAGCAACGCUCAGCCAGUUUAUAGCGCCAGACCUCAAAGAAAGUACUGAUCAAGUUGACUUGUUUAUAUGAGUUUUUUUUUAUUUUUUUAUGUGUAUAUGUAUAUAAUAUCUAUUAUAACAAAGAUCA